AUGCUUGAAGUUGACCAAGAAGCUCAGCGCAUGCUGAGGAAACGGAAGAGACCUACUGUGGUCUGUACCAAUUGCAGAAGACGGAAAAGCCGAUGCGAUCGUGAGAGACCUUGUAAUACUUGUACACGCUUUGGUAACGCAGAUUCGUGUGUGUACCUUGAUUCUUCCCCGUCUUCUAAUGAGCCCCAGAUACUUCUCACUUCAUCCCGCCGUUCAAACUCAUCUAAAAGCCAUGAUUUCAGGACCGUAUCAUCUGUCCCAGAUGUGGGGUAUCAAAAGGACAAAACAUUAAUGGAUCUCGGUCCACGAUAUAUCAACAUCAUUCCUGCUGGAUUUUACGUGGCAGCAAAAAGAUCUGCUGUGAAUAUUUUCUCACCAUUUACUGAUGUUGGGAUGGAACAUCGAGAUCCAUACUUGUCUUUCCUUGUAAGAUUUAGAAGCAUCUCCAUACGAAAAAUGAUGACAAAGUAUAAAAGGAAUAACACAACUACAAUAAUUCCAAAUCUUCCCAGAUCAUUCAUGCCGUUGUCAACUUUUGAUUUCGAUGAAGGGAAUUAUUUGGACGCAAGAGCACAAUAUUAUUUCAGGCAGCAUAAAUCUUUGUUUAACAAGUUUGCGAAGUUUAGGGAAAACGACUCCAAGAAAUUCACCGACACUAAUAUUGAUGUAAAAUAUUAUAUGCCUGGAAAAGAUGUCUUCUUGAAACAUAUAUUCCCUUUUUUCACGGGUUAUAUUUCAACUAUUGUCCCUAUAUUUGACACUAAUGUGUUGAAUAAAGAAAUAGAUACGCUGUAUUCGAAAUUGGAAACCAGAGAUAAGUUGGAAACCAAAGAUUUUGAGCAUAUUCUGUAUUGUAUUAUACUACUAAUAACACUAUUAACUCAACUCUCCAUUAAAAUGACGAAGGAUACUGCAUGGAAUAAUGUAUUUGAAGAGGUGCUGACCAUCGACACCUCUCGAUACGUUUCCAUCAUCAACCACUACUUGUUCGGUAUGAAACUACUGAAAAAAUGCACUUUGAUGCAAUUACAAUGCCUACUGUUAUUGAAACUGUAUUACUGGUGUGGUCCGGAAGAUAAUGAGGGCACUGACUCGCAAUAUAACCAGAUUUUUUUGAGUACCAUCAUCGGUAGUGCCCGAGAGGUCGGUGUGAAUUGGUUUUGUUUUCUUGACGAUACAAAUUACUCCAUCAGUAUAGCUGAUAAAACUCGACCAUCCAUAUAUGACAUGAAUUCAGAUGCAUAUUCAGCGAUAUACAAGAAAAUAUGGGCAGUGAUAUUGCACUGGGACAGAAAGAUGGCAUUGGUAACGGGUCAAGAAUGCAAUGUCAAUAAGAGUUAUCCGUUCCGAUACAGGGAUAGUUGCCCUUCCACAUGGCAUGUAAAAAUGAUAGAAAUCGAUUCAUUGUUAUUGAAAGUAAACAAGCUACUCAAUGACACCCCAACACGGGUGGACAUCACACAGAUGCGUGUAACUAUUGACCAGGCGAUUGAUGAGACGGCGCUUUUACGAGAGAAAAAUGAGAUAACUGAGCUGCAUCUAAAUAUAGAACUGGAUUGGACCUUGGAUCUAUUGAAGUUGUCAAUGCUGCAAUGUGCAAUGGUGUCUUUCGAAUAUGAUGUGAGUGUUAUAUUAUUCCACGAAACGGCUCAAGAGCUUUGGGACUUUUUGAUAUAUGUGAUACAGAAGGGAGAAACGUACUUCAGCGACUCUGGUAAUUUGGACCCCUUUACAAAAUUCUACACUAACAGAAUAGUGGAGAUUGUGACUAAUAAAGUAUGUGUGUUAGUUCCUGCUUUUAUCUUGAGAGUCAGCAGGUUUUCUAGUCUGACGGACAGCGACAGGAAAUCAAUGUGUCAGUUCCUAUUCAUUGUUUCGUCAAUUUACUUUAAUGAAUUUGCAUUUGAUAACUAUCGUGCGUUCAAGAAGAUGUUCACUGCAAAAUUGAGUUACAAGAUUUUGAAUCGUCCCACUGGGAAAGACCCCUGGUUGAUAAUCUUGCAGUUCCUAGUUACCGAGUUGGAGAUGAGCAACGGGGUGCUUGAAGAGGAGUGUAACAAUUGUACAAAAUUGGGGGACCUAUUGCCUCAACUGUCGAUGCUCCUGGAGCUAAAGACAGAAAAGGGGUCUGCGUUUCAGGCGGAGGAUAUUUUGACGAUGUGGAACAAAGAUAUUUAUCCAGCAGGCCAAUACGAUACCCGGUUUAUGUUUAAAGUGCGCUCGGAGCAAUUGUCCAAGUUCAAUAAGGAUAAAUAUGAGGAUCGGUUCAACAUUUUUGAAUCGUUUUAUGAGCAUUCGAGUUCCACGCUGGCGGAAAUGCCCGUUGCUACCAGCACGGCAGCCGAUUAUGGCGUGUUAGGCGACGCUGGCAACAAGGACAGUGUGUCUGAUACAUCCAGUAUGACAUUCCCGUUGGCGCCUAGUACUGUAACGGAUAAUUUGAAUGUGAAUUUUGAAUUAUUGGAUGAGAUCUUUGAGCCUAUUGAUUUUGUCUCAUUCUUCAAGUAG